AUGGCGGACGCCGAAGCAAAGCAAAGAGCAAGGGAGUCUAUCGAAACUUUUCUUAAGGUCUAUGGGGAAAUAACUGUGGAGAAAAACUAUCAGGGCUAUGAUAGACGGUUCUUUGAGGACAUCCGCCUCAUUGAUGCCGACCCCUCAGGUGGCGCAACAUGGGAGAUGGAUGUAACUGAAUACUGGUCAAACUUGAAUGGUGUCAUGCAUGGAGGCGCUUGUGCUGUAGUAUUCGACAUGUGCACUGCCAUAUCCAUGAAUCCAGUAACUAAGCCUGGCUAUUGGUAUUUUUUACAAGGUGUCUCACGUUCAUUAAACCUAUCCUACCUUAAGGGAAUACCUACUGGAACUACUAUUAAGAUCAAAUGUACUACACUUCAACAUGGGAGGACGAUGGCUAUGCUUCGAGGUGUUAUGGAGUCGGUGGACGGAAAGAUCGUGUAUGCAACAGCAGAGCACCAUAAGGUUGCCACUCCGGCAAAGCCGGAAUUCGCAGAACGGCUGAUGAAAGAACGAGAGAGAGUAGAACUUAAGCGGAGAGAGAAAUUAUGA